AUGAGCCAACCCACUGAUGAAGAGCCAACACAAAACAACGAACCAUUUAUACCCAACGAACAAGUGGACGAGUACAAUGAAGAUGAAAUACAAGAAGUGCAAUAUGAAGAUCUUUUUGGUGAUGACAAUGACCCUGAUAUUGUUGAGCCGUCGCAGCCUACAAUUGCACGACCGAUUAGCAUGUACGCCCCACCGGAUCACAUGCGAAAUAUCUGUUUAGAAGAGGCACAGUCUGAAUCAAUAUUUGGUUCGCACAUAACAAACUAUAGUCAUGUUGAUUUAUAUGAGGGAAUGGAGUUUGAAGACAAGGAGGAGUGUGUUGCUGUUAUACAACAUUGGCAUAUCGCAAUUAAGGUAAAGCUCAUAAUUUCUCAUAUAACAGGAAAGUAUGGUUAUAAUAUAUCUUACAGAAAAGCGUGGAUUGCAAAGGUAAAGGCCAUAGAAUCCUUGUAUGGAAACUGGGAGACAUCUUACAAUGACCUUCCACGAUGGUUAUUGGUAAUGAAAACAUAUCUUCCUGGAAUGAUAAUAGACUUGGAAACGUUACCUGCAUUUUCAAAUGAAGGAAGUCAGUUGGGUGAUAAGAUGAUAUUCCACCGUCUAUUUUGCGCUUUUCAACCAUGCAUCCAUGGUUUUGCCUAUUGCAAGCCAAUUGUUCAAGUCGACGGAACAUGGUUGUAUGGAAGGUACAAAGGGACAUUGUUGAUGGCUGUGGCGCAGGAUGGGAAUGGUAACAUUUUUCCAAUUGCUUUUGCUAUUGUCGAGGGUGAAACCAAGGAUGCUUGGAGUUUUUUCCUUCGUAAUCUAAGAAGCCACGUGACACCCCAACCCAAUCUAUGCCUAAUAUCAGACAGACAUCCAUCGAUUAAAACUGCCUAUGAUGAUCCUGCAAAUGGAUGGCAAAAUCCUCCGUCUUCACAUGUCUAUUGCAUUAGGCAUAUCGCGCAAAAUUUUAUGCGUGCGAUUAGAGACAAGGAACCACGUAAAAAACUCGUCAACAUGGGAUAUGCAUUGACGGAGUCAACGUACAAUUACUAUAGAACCGAAAUUCGUCAGACAAAUAGAGAUGCUUUGGAGUGGAUUGAAAAUAUCCCCAGGGAGAAGUGGGCAAGGGCGUUUGAUAGAGGGCAACGAUGGGGACACAUGACGACUAACCUUGCAGAAGCAAUGAACUCUGUGCUAAAGGCAAUCAGAAAUCUUCCAAUAGCGUCUUUGUUUUCGGCCACAUAUUUUCGGAUGGGAGCAUUAUUUGGUCAACGCGGACAUGAAUGGACAAAGAGGUUGACAUCAGGCCAAACUUUUACAGACAAGUGUAUCAAGGGGAUGACUGAAGAAGUCAACAAAGCAAGCAGUCAUAAUGUUUACCAAUUUGACCGGGAGAGAUUCUAUUUUAUGGUGGCCGAAAGAAUAAACCGCAACGAUGGUCGUCCAACUGGUACUUACGGUGUUGAUCUGCGAAAAAGAACAUGUGAUUGUGGAAAAUUUCAAGCGUUCCAUUUGCCUUGCUCACAUGUGAUUGCAGCAUGUGAAAGUAUACGCCAAGACUACACCAUUCACAUACCCGACGUGUUCAAGAUACAACAUGUUUUUAAAGUCUACCAACAAAGCUUCCAGAUCCUCCCACAUCAAGACAAUUGGCCGCAAUAUAGAGGGCCUACUCUUUGUCAUGAGGAAACUAUGCGUAGGAAAAAAAGAGGGCGCCCUAACAGUACUCGGAUUCGAACCGAAAUGGACGACGUGGAAAAGGAAAAGAGAAUGUGUGGGAUAUGCCGUGAAGUAGGCCAUAUCCGAAGUAAAUGUCCAAAUGUAGUAGGCCCGUCUAAUAGGCCUAAUUAA